AGACCGUAGUAAACGUUAUCGUUGGAAAAAGGUAAUACUAUAAGAUACUAUAAUACUAUAUGAUAAUACAGGUUUGAUUGCAGGUGCUGAAUGGCUUACUUCUCUGGCAUCCAUUAGAUGGUCCGGCAGCAGGGACCGCUUGCUGGAGUAGAGUGACGAGCCCUUGUGGGUCUGCCAGUUGAACAAGGCGGCAGGGUUCUGGCUGGUUCGGCGAAGGGACAUGGGGGAGCUGCUGCUGCCUUGAGACACCAUGGAGUAGCUGCGUGACUUGGGUGGAGGAUUGCUCUACGCCGAAACACACAACAUGAAAUGAGUGGAAAUGUGUUGUUCCUGAUUCACUGGCACUGCGUGGGCGUAUAAGGAAGUUACGAUACACGGAAGAAAUGAAGUAUUGUUACACUACAGCUCAUAGUCUGAAAAGCGUCACAGGAGACAAAAUGCCUGGGAAAAAAGUCUGCAUCGUGGGAUCAGGAAAUUGGGGCUCUUCAAUUGCCAAAAUUGUCGGAUGCAACGUCAGAUCUUCCAACCGGUUCGACCCAGUGGUCAACAUGUGGGUUUAUGAGGAAAUGGUCUCUGGGAGAAAACUGACGGAGAUUAUCAACACAGAGCAUGAAAAUCUGAAAUAUUUGCCAGGCCACAAGCUGCCGAGGAAUGUGGUGGCUGUUCCAGACAUUACUCAUGCCGUGAAAGGAGCCAAGUUGCUGGUUUUUGUCGUCCCGCAUCAAUUCAUCGGCUCGGUUUGCGACCAGAUAAAACCUCACGUUGCAGAUGGAGCUAUCGGCAUCUCCCUCAUCAAAGGCAUUGACGAGGGUCCGCAUGGACUGAAGCUCAUCUCGGACAUCAUUCGUGAGAAACUGGAGAUAGAAGUCAGCGUGCUGAUGGGAGCCAACAUCGCUAGUGAGGUGGCUGACGGGAAGUUCUGUGAAACCACCAUCGGCUCAACAAAUGAGGCAAACGGGCUUGUCUUCAAAGAGCUGUUCCAGACUCCUAAUUUUCGCAUCACUGUGGUGCGGGAGAGCGACACGGUGGAGCUGUGUGGAGCCCUGAAGAACAUUGUGGCAGUGGGGGCGGGGUUCUGCGACGGCCUCGGGUUCGGGGACAACACCAAGGCGGCGGUGAUCAGGCUGGGUCUGAUGGAGAUGGUCGCCUUCGCCAAGUUGUUCUGCCAGGGCCAAGUGGACUCCAGCACCUUCCUGGAGAGCUGCGGCGUCGCUGACCUCGUCACCACUUGCUACGGGGGUCGAAACCGCAAAGUUGCGGAGGCCUUUGUCAAAACAUCUAAGUCCAUCACAGAGUUGGAGGUCGAAAUGCUCAAUGGCCAGAAACUGCAGGGCCCACAAACGUCCGCUGAGGUCUACAAGAUGCUUCAGAAGAAGGACCUGGUCAGCAAAUUCCCGUUGUUUGCAGCCAUUUACCUGAUCUGCUUCGAGGGCAAAGAGGUGAAGGAGUUCAUCACCUGCCUGCAGAACCACCCGGAGCACGUUUAAUGGGACUCGAAUGUGUGCGAGAGACCCUUUCUGCUCCUCCUGUGGAUAUUUGUGACCUUUUAAAGGACGAACAAAACCAGCAUUAUUUCUUUCAUUUUUUUCAAAUGUAACGUAAUAUCUGUCUUAGUUGAACGUUUUUCCAGCAAGGACCGCAGGGGUUAUAUCUUAUCUAUGUCCAGAACAAUAAUGCAUCUCAGCUUCGUGUUACAGGUGAAAAAGUGUAUUUCUUGUAUGAACUUUGGUCUUUGCUCUUAAUUUGCACCUAGUUUUGCUGCUUUUUUUCUGAAAUAGUCUUCAUGAAUUUCAUUUUAUAGUAUUAUGGCUUUAUUCCCAUAAUAUUUUGACUUUAUUUACAAAAUAUUCAAACAUUUCCCCCCUAAAAAUUACACAUUUAUUUAGAUAUUUAUUAUUUUUUUCUCAUUACAUUAUAUGUUUAUUCUUGGAAAAUUGUGACUAGAAUAUACCUUUAUUUUUAAUAUAUAUUUUGACUUGUAAAAUUACAGCAUUUUUUUGUGCAUUUUUGCUGUUCUUUAAAAUUGUUUUAUUCCCAGAAUUAUUACUUCAUUCCCAAGAUAUUUUGACUGAAACCCUUGUAACAUUAUGCCAUUUUCUGCAAAUUAAUUUUCCAAAAAAAAGUACAACUUCAUGUGUUCUUUUGUU